GGCAAUCAUAGCGACGAGGCAAGCAGCGCAACCCAUAAGAUACCACCUUGCGUUUAACAAGAGCUUCGUUGGCUAAGGUACUUAGACUAAGGUGACUUGCAUUUUGUCUGCCUGGAUCUUUGUUACUCGAAUCUCUAUCGUUUCCUUUCAAGCUGAAACCCCGUGUUAUUUACUUCCGCGUUGUCCUUCGCAAGCUCGAUAGCUAGCUUCCUUGAACUAGCUCCCCACGUUCGCCAAGCAAUGACCGUCUAGAACCAUCAUCUAAAGACCGUAUAUAUAUCUUUUGAGGGAACCUCCAUUUCUGUGACACAAGACUUGCAAACGAACGUCGCAAGCAACCUCGCCAUGGCGACUCCGAAGUUCAGCUCGAAAUCGCCUACGAUUAGACGUAUACUUCGUGAAGCAGCCGAAAUCUCCAACUCCCCUUCUGCCGAUUACACAGCCGAGCCCCUCGAAUCCGACCUGUUCGAGUGGCACUUCACACUCAAGGGACCACCCAACUCAGUCUACAGCAACGGCAUCUACCAUGGUCGCAUAGUUCUUCCACCCACAUACCCUCUUCGACCGCCUUCUUUCCGCUUCAUGACACCAAGUGGUCGAUUCGAAGCUAAUCGUGAGAUCUGUUUGAGUAUCAGUGGCCAUCAUGAGGAGACGUGGCAACCUGCAUGGGGAGUACGGACAGCUCUUGUAGCGCUCCGAAGUUUUAUGGAGACUGAUGCUCGUGGCCAACUAGGUGGUCUUGAAACCACCGACGCAGUGCGCCAACGCCUCGCCAACGAGUCACCGGCAUUCAAAUGCGCAACAUGCGGGAAGACAAACGGCGAGAUUAUCAAGGAAUGCGAAGAGCGAGCAAAGGAAGCAUCUUCAAGUGCACAGGAAGUUGAGAUCCCUAAAGAGUUGAACAUGGGAUGGCGCGAUGAGAUGGGAGCAAAGAAAGAGGGCGAGAACACGCCCGAGCAGACAAACGACGACGCCGAGACAGCUCAACUUGCAGAGGGAUUUGUUCAGACCGCACCAGAUGGUGUUACAGCUGCCAACGAUUCUUCGGCCCCUCAACCACCGGCGGAGAACCGAAACCACACUCCGACCCGAACUAUCCCCCUCCCUGUCCCGGCGGCUCAAGGACUUGUACCACAGGCUGCGGCUGCGGCACAAGCACAGCAAGCUCGAAGAGCAACGGACGACGGUGUUCCUCUGUGGCUUGAUCGAACUAUCGUUGUUUUAGUGGUGCUUUUGGUGGCUCUCGUUCUCAAGAUCAUUUUUGCUGUGUGA